AGACUGUGGGUGGGAGCCGCUGCUGCUGCUGCUGCUGCUGUUGGGAUGGGAAACAGGAAGUGAACGUCACUGACACAGGAAUGGGACUGAAAAAAGAAAACACCAUCAUGAUGAGGAGAAUGUCAAAUCCACUCGUGUAGGAAAACCCCAAAAAUCCUCGUUUCAACUCCAGGUCAAAGGAUGAAUUUUCGUGUCCGAGCUGGAAUCGAGGCAUCAGGAAGGGCACCGGCGCGUUGCUAAAUGGAGUCGGAGCAGCUGUACCACAGAGGCUACUGCAGGAACAGCUACAACAGCAUCGCCAGCGCCAGCAGCGACGAGGAGCUGCUGGAUGGAGCUGGCGUCAUCAUGGACUUCCACACCACCGAGGACGACAACCUGCUGGAUGGGGACGCUGCCUCCCCAGGGUCUAACUACGCCAUGUCUAACGGGGGCGGGGCACCCAGCAGCAGCACCCACCUGUUGGACUUCCUAGAGGAGCCCAUUCCUGGUGUGGGGACCUACGACGACUUCCACACCAUCGACUGGGUCCGUGAGAAGUGCAAGGACCGUGAGAGGCACCGGAAGAUCAACAGUAAGAAAAAGGAGUCAGCAUGGGAGUUCACAAAGAGCCUGUACGACGCCUGGUCCGGGUGGCUGGUGGUGACACUCACCGGCUUGGCCUCAGGUGCUUUGGCUGGCCUGAUUGACAUUGCUGCUGAUUGGAUGAACGACCUGAAGGAGGGCGUGUGUCUGAGCGCCAUGUGGUUCAACCACGAGCAGUGUUGCUGGACGUCCAAUGAGACCACCUUUGCUGAGCGGGACAAGUGUCCUCAGUGGAAGAGCUGGGCUGAGCUAAUACUGGGACAGGCCGAGGGGCCCGGCUCGUACAUCAUGAACUACUUCAUGUACAUCUACUGGGCUCUGUCCUUCGCCUUCCUGGCCGUCUGUCUGGUCAAGGUGUUUGCUCCCUACGCCUGUGGCUCGGGGAUCCCUGAGAUCAAGACCAUCCUGAGUGGGUUCAUCAUCCGGGGCUACCUGGGCAAGUGGACCCUGAUGAUCAAGACCAUCACUCUGGUGCUGGCUGUGGCGUCUGGCCUCAGCCUGGGGAAGGAGGGCCCCCUGGUCCACGUGGCCUGCUGCUGUGGGAACAUCUUCUCCUACCUCUUCCCCAAGUACAGCAAGAACGAGGCCAAGAAACGAGAGGUUCUGUCUGCUGCGUCGGCAGCUGGGGUGUCUGUUGCUUUUGGAGCCCCGAUCGGAGGAGUGCUCUUCAGUUUGGAGGAGGUGAGCUACUAUUUCCCUCUCAAGACGCUGUGGCGCUCCUUCUUCGCCGCCCUGGUGGCAGCCUUCGUCCUGCGCUCCAUCAACCCAUUUGGUAACAGUCGUCUGGUGCUGUUCUACGUGGAGUACCACACGCCAUGGUACCUGUUUGAGCUCAUCCCUUUCAUCCUGCUGGGAGUUUUCGGAGGCCUCUGGGGGGCCUUCUUCAUCCGAGCCAACAUUGCUUGGUGCCGGAGGCGCAAGUCGACACGUUUCGGAAAGUACCCGGUAUUGGAAGUGAUCUUGGUGGCGGCCAUCACAGCUGUGGUUGCUUUCCCGAACCCAUACACUCGUCAGAACACCAGCGAGCUGAUAAAGGAGCUGUUCACUGACUGCGGCCCACUGGAGUCCUCGCAGCUCUGCCAGUACCGCAGCCAGAUGAACGGCAGUAAGGCGUUCACAGACAACCCCAACCGGCCUGCAGGGCCUGGCGUCUACGCUGCCAUGUGGCAGCUCUGCCUGGCGCUCAUCUUUAAAAUCAUCAUGACCAUAUUCACCUUUGGACUAAAGGUACCAUCAGGUUUGUUUAUCCCCAGCAUGGCCAUCGGAGCCAUCGCAGGCCGAAUCGUUGGCAUCGCCGUGGAGCAGCUGGCCUAUUAUCACCAUGACUGGUUCUUGUUCAAAGAAUGGUGCGAGGUGGGAGCAGACUGCAUCACUCCAGGGCUGUACGCCAUGGUGGGGGCCGCCGCAUGUCUGGGCGGUGUGACCCGUAUGACCGUCUCCCUGGUCGUCAUUGUCUUCGAGCUGACUGGUGGUUUGGAGUACAUCGUCCCCCUCAUGGCUGCCGUCAUGACCAGCAAAUGGGUGGGCGACGCGUUCGGCCGCGAGGGAAUCUACGAGGCCCACAUCCGUCUGAAUGGAUACCCCUUCCUGGACGCCAAGGAGGAAUUCACACACACCACGCUGGCCAGGGAGGUGAUGAGGCCGCGACGCAGCGACCCGCCGUUAGCAGUGCUGACGCAGGAUGACCUGACAGUGGAGGAGCUGCAGAGCACCAUCAAUGAAACCAGUUAUAAUGGUUUCCCUGUGAUAGUGUCUAAGGAGUCCCAGAGGCUGGUGGGCUUCGCUCUGCGCAGGGACAUCACUAUCGCUAUAGAAAACGCUCGUCGCAAGCAGGAGGGCAUCAUGUUGAACUCCAGGGUGUACUUCACCCAGCACGCACCCACCCUGCCAGCCGACAGUCCUCGGCCCCUCAAACUGCGCUCCAUCCUGGACAUGAGCCCCUUCACUGUCACCGACCACACCCCCAUGGAGAUCGUGGUGGACAUCUUCAGAAAGCUUGGGCUGCGCCAGUGCCUGGUCACUCACAACGGGAUUGUGUUGGGCAUCAUCACAAAGAAGAAUAUAUUAGAGCAUCUGGAGGAGCUCAAGCAGCACACGGAGCCCCUGAUUGACGACAUCUGACUCGUCACCUUAACAACCACUUGGCGAGUAGCUAGCCGCCUUGGGAAAGCGGAGUACCGUUGUAAUACUCUUAGAGGGUGGUGUUUUUUCAUUGGGAGGGAGACAAUCCCUAGUGAUAUGAUUCAUUCCCAUAUUUCCCUAAUCCUGUAGUGGUAGUGAGCGCUGUGGUGCAGUGACGUUGUUGUGUUGAUUGGUGCUGGUAGUGCUGUAGUGACCUGGCUAGUUAGCGUGUGGUGAUAAAUUGACCCUGAUGAAGUAACGACUAAUCCCGUGCUUUAACCUGCCAAUGUUUCCUCUUAGCCAGCUGUGUCCUGUCCUCGUCAGGAGAGAGUCAACAGAUUUAUGUUCCUAAAAACACAAAACUGAAGUGCAUCUUUGCUUUAUAAACAAAAGAGUGUGGAAAAGUCACACUAAAUAAACAAAUAUGUUCUUUGGAGUCGAGGGCCACAACAAACACAAAAGGUUUGCACAGACUUAUGUUGCCUGUUAAUCCUGUUUAUAGUAGUGAGAGAAAACAGGAGUCAUGAAAACAUACAACAAGCCGAGGCCUUAGAAAGAUACAUAAUACCAGUUACCUAUGAUGUCCAUGUGUUUAACAGAUUUAACUGUAAACUAACAGCAAAAAUUGUAGACUAACAUCAUCAGUCUGUCUCUAUAUUAUGAAAAAGCAAGUAAAACAAUCAGGAACAAAUUAAUGAGUUGAAAUAUCUUAUACAUGGAGAGACAGUUAGUUAGCACCCUGUGGCAACUCAAAUUCAGUCAGUGCAUCACCCAGGGGUCUGAUCCAGACCUUUAACUUCCCGCAGGAUCAGCAAACUUUCUGUUGCUGCCAUUACACAGGUUAGACUCAGUGCUGUCGCUAGCUAUCAGCCCACUGUGAGCCCUGGUCCUGGGGUUUUUGCUGGCUGUAUUCGACAGUGGCUUGCGCUAGCUAGCUAGCUUAGCUCAUUUAGCUUCUCUCAUUUGUGCUCUGAGAGAUGGCAGAGCAAGGAGGGGCUUAACGUAUCAGUGCGCUACCAUUUUAAGUAUUAAAAAUAAAUAAAAUUACAGAUUUCUUUAGGUUUUACAUUUUCUAAACAAUUGGGAUGAUGUAAGUACACAACUUAAGAAAUAUAUAACAUAGGUCUAGUCAUUUUUAAGCAUUUUGAUAUGAAAAUGUUACAUAUCUUUAAAAUAAUAAAAACUCAUGAAAAUAGAUGAAUACAUACAAAUUAGAUACAAAAAAACUACAUUAUAUUCAAGUGAAUGUACCUUUCUUUUUCUUUCGAUAACAAGCCAAACAGAAAAUGUGGCACCACAAAUAUUUGGGUAAACUCUCUGAAAAUUAUUUGUUUAUUUAUUUUCAUAUCCUGUCAAAUCUUUUCGGGGGAACCAUUGAUUCAAAAAAUAACCAACUUUCUAGAGGAGCUAUUUUGAAUAUUUUAUGUUACAUUCUCACUUGGGUGCCAAACCAACCUAUCAACCAACAUAUUCUGAAUUCACCCAUUUCUACCUAUAUUCUGAUGGUUGCUGAGGCAUUAUGGGAAAUGUAGGAAAAUGCUGCAGUAGAAGUUGACUUCAGUGGAAGCAAAAUGUGUUUUUAUUCUGAAUAGAUCUUAAAAUUAGUUCUAGGUAGCACUUUAAAAUGGAUUUAAUAUUGUCUUAAAUUGUGACAUGUAACAGUACCUCAAAUGACAUCACUUCCUGAUCAGAGUUUCCAGUCCUGACCUGGAUUAAAAACAUGAAACAGCUCUGGACACUGCUGGCUUACAGGGAACAUUGCAUCCACUCCUCUGACCCUUCAUACACUCUGGUCUGUACCUGGUAUCCCGAGCAUCUACGACUGUUUUUAUUUAUUCCGCUGGUUUCAAAAUGAGCGAGGCAGUCGUAGAUCUCAGCAGAAACCCGGGUCUGAUCUGCGUGACGUCUCACCAGUGUUUCAUGCUUCCUGCUGCUCUGUAGCUGUAGCUCUAAACCCCCUCACAGGUCAUCUCGACUCCUCUCACUCAGACCUGGGUUCAAAUGUUUUAUUGACUCAUUUUGGUUUCACUGUAUUUGCAUUUUUAGGGUUCAAAUGAAGCUGAACGUCUUUGAACAAUUCACGACCUGCAUAUGACAGUAUUAAACAAACCUUAGCUGUUUGGACCCAGCUCUGCUCUCCUCUAGCACUGUAGCAGACGGACAGCUUCUCCUCACCGCUACCUGCUGUUUUAGCUUCAGAUGCUUCUCCUCACUUGACCUCAGACUACAUUCACGGCUGAAUUCAGGAGCACAAGUUUAAAGAGCUGGCAAAUCAUUUUAAAAUUAACCUCAGUCUGAGAUGUGCUCCUGAAUCAGCAGAAAUGAUUAUGUUGACUAACUGAAUAUUUAAGAAUGUGUAAACAAGUCUGCUCCAGUCUGGUUCGUUGGGUCGAUCAGGUAAGGUAGGUAGAAGGAGAAGAAGAAGGAGGCAGCUCUGUCACAUGAGUCAGAAACUGCUCACAUCACUAUGGAAAUGUUACUGCUCCCCAUCGUAGCAGACCCUACUGGUCUUACUUACGUUUUAACAAGAUUAAAUAAUUGAUAAUUUUGUUUCUGUGUCUUGCAUACAAGCAUGUGAUCAACCCUCAUGGGUUUACAAGACACUAUUUACAAUAUAGUUGUAGUGAUCAAUCCAAAAUCCACCUUAUCUUACUGCUCAGUCCCAAACUAAAUACUCUGCCUUCUGUCCCAGGUUCAGCAACAAACUCUGCCACAUAAUAUAAAAUUUUCAUAGUCAUCCAAUCAAAAGAAAUCAACAUACAUGGAGGUAAUUUUACUAAAAAGUACAACCGUUAUGUUUAAGUAGGCGUUGACAACAUUGAUCAUCUCGUCACAGUGCAGUGUUCUGUUGGGAAACCUUGGGUCCUGGAAUUCAUGUGGAUGCUACUUGACACACUCCACCUGCUUAAACACCAGUGCAGACGAGGCACCCCCAAUUACGACAACACCACUCCCCAGUAGCAUUGGCCCCCCAGCAGAACAAUGCACCACGCCCCGUCACAAAAACUGCUCAAGAAUGGUCAGAGGAACGAGACAAAGAGCUCAAGGCAUCGACCUGUUCUCCAAAGUCCCCAGAUCCUGACCUGAUCAAACAUCUGUGGGAUGUGCUGGUACCCCACCUCACAACCCAUGGGACUCAAAAGAUCUGAAAGUAAAGCCCUGAUGCCAGACACAGAAGGAUACCCUCCAGAGGCCCUGUGUCCAUGCCUUGAAGGUGAGAGCCAAGUCUGGUCCAAGGAGCACCCACCGUGUAUCGUGGGCACGUCCCUUAACUGUUCAAUCAGAUUGGGAUCUGGGGUAUUUGGAGGCCAGGUCAAGACCUUGAGCUCUUUGUCACGUUCCUUGGGUCAUGCCUGAUAAGUGCUGUUGCCAUGAGGAGGUUUACUUGGUCUACAACGGUGUUUGGGUGGGUGGAACACACCAAGUAGCAUCUACAUGAAUGCCAGGACCCAAGGUGUCCCAACAGAACAUCGCACUGUAAGAAGAUGAUCAAUGUUAUUCACUUCACCUGUCAGUGGUUUUAAUGUUUUGGCUGAUCGGUGUAUACACAAAUGUUGCUGCAAGUGUAGUUUCUGACCACUUGUUUCAUAUCUCCUCUGCACAAGAAACAAAAAACAGCAGAUUGAUAAGUUCUUAUUAAGUAUAGUUCAAAGUGGAACAUCCUGAAAUUAAUGCCCCUCUCCACAUCGAUCCCCUUAAGUGAUUUCUGACUCUAGUGGUGCAGACGCCUCCUCUUCUCCUUCUCAGAGGUUCUAACUUUUCUCCACGUCCUGUUCACUGCUUCUUGUCUCCUCCUAGGAUCCAGUUUUUCCUCCUCUCCAGCUUCUUGGAGCGAUAACAUAAGACAGCUGGGGCAGCGUUUGAAAUGACACCCUGGUCUGUGGUAGUGGGGUGUUGUUUUAGACCUGCUUUCACCCCUUUCUUUCCUCUUGUCACUCCUCCUUCUCCUCCUGCUGACUUUUGCUUCCUCAGGGACUCGUGUUUUUGUUGGCUCUCCAAUAAAUCAAUGUUCGGACUUAACCUAAAUAAAUCUAAUUUAAAAUGUGUGCUUCUCACCAUUUGAGCUAAAGCAGCCAACAAAAACAUGUUGUUUUCUCGCCUUCUCUCCAAACCGCCAGCACCUCCUCACUUCUCUAAACUUCUUCUUCUCUCCCUGUCCUCCCUCCUCCUCCUCUUUGUC